AUGGCUCAGUUUUCUCUUUUACCUUCGGUCCUAACUUCUGUCUUGGUCAUGGAGAGCAACAAGUCAAGCACCACCUGUAUUCAUAUUCUACAUGUCUCCGUUGGCGAUGAACACGAUGUUGCACUUGAUUCCGAUGGUCUUGUAUACACAUGGGGUAAAUGUUAUUACGGUGCUCUGGGCCAUGGAGACUAA